GCCUGCAGCCAGACUCGUGGUGUGUUUACCACGGAACAACAAGCUUGUUCAAACUUAAGAUAACCUCCGGGGCACGGGCGAUGACCGCCUGACCGAGUUAACGUUAUUGUUUUGAAUUGAGGCUGAACUUUCUCGAUUCACACACACAGACGGAGCAACAACAGCGCUGGGACCGGUAGCAGGUUUCUCUCGGGUUAAACAGCCUGGUAGCGCCACGUACCACGGUUUUCCAGACAAUAACAGGCUGUGGGUGGCGAGUGAGUGCCUGCUGUGGAGCGGUGACACGGCCGAGGAGAACAGGUUGUUCACAGUGAGACAGCGGCGAUGAUCAAGUCGGAGGAAAGUUGGAAGACACUGCGUAUGAAUGGAAGUCGUUUUUAAAAGUGAGGUUUUUGGAGCACAGUGCGGCAGGGCAAGCCCGGUUUAACGUCGGCGCCUUUUGGCGACGUAUAAAUAGAACUUGGUACCAUCCUGCGUGAGGUGGUCAUGGAGGAGCAGGAGCGGGACAUCUCGGAUAUGGACCUACAGGAGUGUCCCUCGAUGCCGGAGAACGGGCUCAUGCUGGUGAUCAACCACAGCCGGGUCCAUCCGCCCCUCAGCGUCGUGCUGGCCACUGUGCUCUACUGCGCCGAGUUCGUCACCGCCGCCGUGCUCUGCAGCAUGUACCACAAGACCGACGAUGUCACCUGGAUGGGCUUCACCAUCACCUUCAUGCUGCUGCCCGCCGUGCUCAUCCAGCUAGCCUUAACCUUCAUUCACAGAGACUUGGGUCGGGACCGACCUCUGGUCCUUUUCCUGCACCUGCUGCUGCUCGGUCCAGUUAUCAGGUGUUUCGAGGCGCUGGUGGUCUAUUUCAAGGCAGGUAAAAAGGAGGAGCCUUAUGUCACCAUCUCCAGAAAGAUCAGCCUGAAGAAGGGCCAGGAGAGACCCAUGGAGUGGGAAAUCGGACAGUCGGAGCGCAACCUGGCCACACACAGAAACGCCUUCAAGCGCACAGCGGUCAUCCAGGCUUUUCUGGGCUCAGCGCCUCAACUGACGCUCCAGCUGUACGCCACCAUCCAGGAAAAAUACAUCCUCCCUACAAGAUUGGCUCUGAUGAUCAUCACCCUGAUCUCCAUCACAUACGGGGCUCUUGUGUGCAGCGUUCUGGCCAUUCAUAUCAGAUACGAUGACUACAAAGUGCGGGUGCGUCUUGCAGCCUACCUGUGCAUGAUCGUGUGGAGGGGUUUGGAGAUCGCCACGCGGAUCACAGCUCUGGUUCUCUUCAGCACGGCGCUGACAUACUGGGUGAUCCUUGUUGGCAUGGUUAACCUACUCUUCUUCUUCUUCCUCCCCUGGGCUGAGUUCUGGGCCAGGAAAGGCUCGCUGCCUGAGAACGUAGAGAAAAACUUCUCUAAACUGGGCACCACAGUGGUGCUGUGCAUGAUCACAUUACUCUACGCCUGCAUCAACAUCUUCUGCUGGUCGGGGGUGCAGCUGGACCUCUCCCAUCGAGAGCUCAUCGAGAGGAAGCAGCGCUGGAACCGCCUGGCCAUGUACUACUGUGGACGCUUUAUUGAGAACUUCCUCCUCAUUGCACUCUGGUACUUCUUCAAGUCAGAUUUCUACGAGUAUGUGUGUGCACCGCUACUGGGCGUCCAGCUGCUGGUCUGCUACAGCCUGGCCGUGCUCUUCAUGCUGCUCUUCUACCAGUUCUGCCACCCCUGCAGAAGACUUUUCAAGUACAACGUCCAUGACUGCCUGCACUGCGUCUGCUGUCGUAAGGGGAGAGGGAGGGCAGGAAGGAGAGGGAAGCCACCGCUCUCGUACUCCACCGCUGCCACCAUGGUGCUGGCCCCUGAGGAGCCAUUGGACUCUCAAAAUGCACACCCCCCUGACCUCACCAGUCAGCUGGGGGAGCGGGAGACUGCUAUUCUUGAGGACAUGAUGGAAGCAGCUUGAGAAGUUUAUAGGGAAUCAAAAGAACAAACUCAGGUUUUUCUAAUGUAGAAAUGGAAUAGUGAAGCAUGAUGCUGGUUUUGCAAGGUGCACUCCUGAGUGAGGCCUUGAGCAAAAACCAGAAAGAGUUGGUGUUUUGGGGGAAAGCGAGGUGAUGUGUUGGAGAAUCAACUUUUGCAAAAACCUUUACUCAUUCGUGGUUCUGAAAGUUUUAGGUUGACGACUUUAACGAGGAUGACUACGUAUGGUUAGGGCACUACAAGGCCCUGAUACCAAAGAAUGUAGCAUGCUGAGAUAUGCAGCGAUGCACAAAGGCGGCCUUCAGAGAGCAACAGUAGACCAGGUACAGGUCUGAGCCAGGUGUAUGGGAAACGUGCCAAGUGGGUCCGAAGUGCCCGAAAGACCGCCCCUAGUUUACAGUACUUCCUCUCAGGGUUUUCCCAUCACGAAUGCCCCAUUUGCACACGUUUGCAUCUGCAGUAGCCUACAUUAUACCCAGCUGCUUUGUUCACUUUCCAGUUUGUUCGCUUUAACUAACAAAGGAAGAGGAAGAAAUGGUAAAAUACACCAGGAAGAUGAGAAGCCAGGGGAAUAUUCUACUACUCUAACAAGAUUUAAGGGAAUAUCAGUUGUGUCCUUAAAGUUAAAUCUGAUGAUACACUCAUGACUGACACUGAAUCAACAUUGUGCUUCACAUUUCAUUUUGUUUUGUUUGAUCAGUGCCUUUUAUUACUGCAUUACUUGAAAAUUAAAUAAAAUAAACUGCUGUCUUCACGUUAA